AUGGCAUUAAAGGGAACAGCAUUUUUAUUUUUGCUGGUUCAAACAUCGGCAACCAUCUCGGACACGGAAAGAGACUAUAAUCUCUUGGCCACGGACGAUAACUCAGAAUUUUCGCGUUUCAAUCACUUCAAACUGUGGGAUAACAGACAGCUUUUGGGAUACGUCGUCAAGCAGUUCAAUUCUCCCAGUUUGUUAUCGUGCGCUCAGCAGUGCCUUUUGACCGCCUGGUGUACUUCCACAAACUUCAAGUUGUUUUCCAAGAAGGACAGCAAAGGAACUUGUGAGCUGAACAAGCACGACAUCUCUGUUGUUAACGAAAACGUCAAUUUUGCUGAGCAGAAGGGAGUCAUUUUCUCAUUGCUUCUAAAGGUGAUUUAAUGAGGUGUUGGUUUAAUCAUCUUUAAUUCUUCCAUCAGGAUUUAAAUAAAUUUUCUAACAAGCUAGUAACGUGGAUUCACACAAUUCCGUUUCUUUAACAAUUCUGAGUAGAUUUCUCGUUCUAUCUUCUCUUCUUCGUGCAGAGAAACUGGACGGCGUAAGUUCUUCAAUUAACGGGUGACAUUGUCGUUUCCUCAAGAUACAUAACAUCAAAAACAAAGAAAAACAAGAGACAAACUAAAAGCAAUAAAGCGAAACCAGAAAUUUUCAGCAAUGUUUUGUCCAGGCUCUUAAGCACUAUGACCAUGUGAUUGAUUUUUCUUUCGUAAUCGACCUUAGCAGAUUGUUCAGUACAGGGUAUUUGUUCAGUUGUCUCUUAUUAAAUAUACCCAAGUUUAAAGCUGAGUGUUGUGUGAACAUCGACCAUACUGCAUUACCCAAACUCACUUGCUAUAAACUCACAUUACUGUGGUGAGAAACAUGUUAAAAAUCUAUUGUACCAGGUUGUAACAAAUAUUUUAACCUAAGUGUUCAAACGGCUGAAAGCAGGUAGUGAAAAAUGUAGUUUUUUUUCUGUUUGCAGCCAGUUUUCAAUAUUUGAUCUGCAUAACGUCAUUUAUGGCCUGUAUGCGAUUUUUUAUUUCGAAAAUUACCCUUUGAUGGGAUCAUUUGACCCAUCGGUGGAAACACUUCCCCUCCACUUCUUAUAAUCAUAGUUAUGGCAAAAUUAUUUGUUAUUAAAACUGGUAUAUCACUCGAAUAUAGUUUGUUUAGAUCAUUAGCUGUCACCUACAACCCCUUCAUGUUCAUUGUUAUGAUAAUAUUUUGGAAAUGACAUGAUCUGAUUUUUUGUCAACUUCUACUGACCAAUAGGAUUGCCCGCAAGGUUGGUUUCGUCAUGAGAAUUCAUGCUACCUUAUUCAUAACACUCCCACUCCAAGAUGGAACGAUGCACUCACGUUUUGUCAAAAUCACCGGGCACAUCCGCCGAUAAUCAAAUCUGCCGAGGAGAACGACUUCAUAUUUCGCCUUAUGAAGAGCCAACCAGACGGGAGGGAUCGUAGUGCAUGGAUUGGACUGAAGAGAAAAAUGGACGAUAAGUUUUACUGGUUGGACGGUACCCCAUCAACGGGCCGGUUCUCAGCAUGGGCGCAGGGAGAACCAAACCGCCGUCACGAAAAAUGUGUUUUUAUACUCGUCAAAAAAGAUCGACAAAAAAAUUGGUUCGACUCUCCCUGUACUUAUAACGGUACACCUUAUUUUCCAGUCCCAGUGGUUCUGUGCCAGAAAGGUCUUUUCUGACUGUUGGAUUCCUUGAUUGUUCACCUCAGUUUAUGUAAUGUUCACGUUAUCUUCCCGAGGUUAAAGUUUGUACGCUGCCAUGAGUUAUACUGUCAUCGUUUCAUAAUGGCCUCUCGUAUGAAUAAAGAUUUCUAAGUUUUUAUCAGUUCAAUCGUUCAUCAAUCUUGUUCGUCGUUUGUUGGCAUUCGAAAGAGACAUCACAUUUUAACAUAUUCUGUGUUUAAUGGAAACCUGCUUACAUUAAGUUCGAUUUAAAAGUUCACUUGCAUGAAAGGCAUAUCACAAAAUUGAGAACUCAUCUAUUUUAGGUAAAAAUGUUGAAAUAUAUAGCAAAGUUUAUAUUUAGAUUAAUCAUGCUAAACAAAUAAAAAAAAACUCUAAUUACUGGAAGAGUAUAAUUAUUAUUUUUUGUUACCGCUGAUGAAGCAGCUCAGGAAAAUGACCUGCAUUGACAUGGGAAUUGCGUAAGGGAUUGCGUGGUUUUCAUGCAAUGAUUGAGCCUACACCCGUACAUUAGGUUAAAAGCUUUUAAUUGCAUCGUCCUUCGCUUUCGAGUUUUUUUUUUUAUAAAGAUCUAGCUCUAGAUACUUAAAGAAAAAAUAAACUCGGGUGUGGCUUGUCAAAGGAACAGUUUAUUAGUCAUGUGCCGAGAAAGAGGGAAAGAACACACUCACUUAUCUGACGAAUGUGCAGUUCGCUUGUGUUUUUGUUUCUCCAAACAAUACAUUGAUGCCCACCAUCUGGAUCACUUAUCAUGCCACUGUGGAAGAAGAACUAAUGGAAAACUUAAGUUUAUGGCAACUGCAUAUUCAUAAGACUCGCCAGCCAGCUGCAUAAGCGCUCACCGUUCGUGUCUUAAUUAUCUAUCUCUUUCUGCUCGUUUCCUUGUUUUAAAACAAAAAAAUAACGUGAGUUGAACUUAACGUCACAAAGAACAAGUUUACUACGCAAAGACCAAACGUUUGUGUUUUGAGCGUUCUUUGUCCGUGAGCAAUAUAGUAAUUUGAUGGCAGCUUUUCAACAUCUGCACCCUCGUGUUUGUCAUAUUUGGUUGUGUUUCACUGAAAGUCAAUUUUAAGUUUUUUCAAAUGCUAAUAUUUCAGCAAAUAAACUGAAAAUUUAGGCUCAGACACCUCUAAUAAAGCAUUCAAUCUGUCACAUAUCGUGAAGAAGAAAGAAUCACUUUCUCUCCCCUGUAACCUAAAGUCUCCAUCAACACAGAUAACGUUCUUUGGUUGCAGAUGGCUCGGUGGAAAACCAUACUUUUAUUAUUGUUAAUUCAAACUCCAUCAGUUUCCGCUACCAACGAUAAUUUCGACUCAACGCCAUCUCGUUCCUCACAAUUCAGACAAUGGGAGAGCAAGCAGCUUCUGGGAUACGCUUUCAAAAGGUUUGACUCUACAAGUUUGAUAUCGUGCGGUCAACAGUGUCUGAGAAACCAACUUUGCUCUUCAACAAACUUCAAGUGGUCCUCCUCUAAGAAGGACGGCGAAGGAACUUGUGAGCUGAACGAGCACAAGUUUUCCUUUAUUGAGGAAAAUGUUAGCUUUGUCCAUCAGGAAGAUGUAACGUUUUCCAUGAAGGUAAUUCAAAUUUUAGUUUUUGUAAAGGUUAAGGCGAACGUUGAUCAGUAUUGUCUAAUAUUUUAAUUAAAAAAAUUCCCCUUGUUAUAUUCUUCAUAUCAUCGAGAACUUGGACAACUAAAAUUUUGCAGGGUGAAACUUCUCCAAUUUUGCUGUGAGACACCUUGCAAUUGGGAUUUGUGUAUAUAAUCCGACUUAUAUACUAUAUUCUAUAUUGUACAUUACUUUUCACGACAGGUCAAACCAUCAUUUUUAGCAGAUAAUUAAGGUGGUUUGCCAAUUUAGGACUUCCAUAGCGAGCAGCUGAUUGAUGUUUACACUCAGAAAGUUCGGAUCUCUUUAAGAGGCUGUCUCUCUUAUUUCCACCCGGUCAAUUUUGCGUCAAAAAUAAUUUUGCCUGAAACUCUGUCAACAGAAAGACUAUACGAAGGAAGGAACUAAAUUAGAUUUGGUUUGAUUUGAAAUAAUUUUCUGACUGCAUUAGGGGCCAUAAUUAUUUCACAAUCCGUAGGGACCGUCGCAACGUCUCGAAAAUUGAAAAGUAGGCAUUUUGUAACAUUGUAAAAUAUUUGAUUCGCAUAGUUAAGCCCCAGAAUUUAUAUCAGAUUGUUUAAAAACCUUUCUAGUUUGCCAAAAAAGUUAGAAUUUGCCCUCUCAAUAUUUUUGAAAAGGCGAAUUUUAGCCUAAUCUGACCUCUAGAAACUCCAUCGGCCGAUGGCCGUAAAUAACCUUGAUUUAGACGUUAAGUUUUGGGAUUUAGGACCUGGUUGACCACUCUAUUCUACACAGCCGUUGAGUUUAGACCUUUGUAGUAAAAAAUACACAAAACCCCUGUACGUUUUUGUUUUUUCAAAAGUUAUGGCCGUUUGAAUCAGCACAUGUAAGAGAAUUCGCGAUUUUUUCGCUUACACCAAAAUCGAACCACUAGAGCAGAUUUCGUCAUAAAUACAGCUUACCUUCGUCGCAUCUUGAGUUUAUGUGAAAUUUCAGAUAAUCCUCGCUCCCCAAACUGGUGAUCUUUAUGAUAACUCCAGCAAAUAACUCCAAACUUCAGCGGUCGGCAUCUAUCGAUACUCUUCUUUGACUCGUUUUUGCGAACUAAACUCGAAAACUAAAGCCAUGUUUCGCGCUUAAUGUCCCGUUGGAACUUUGGAUUGCAGCUGCAUUUUCUUCAACAAUCAGUCAUAGCACUCCACUUGUAAGUCUAUGUGUCGAAGUUUGGGGGCUAAAAAUUGGAAUUUAAAGCUGAACGAUCGCUCUAUCGCGCAUGACAGAGGUCCGUAUUAACCAUUGCGGGUGAACCCGCUGUCCCUUUUUUUUCUGGAAGGCCUGCAAGUGUAGUAUGGCAUGCAAGUGCUUUUUCGAAACCAGAGAAGCUUAAGUCUGUAGCGAGUCUUCAGCGAAAUUGAUAAAGCUUUCAGAAUGUAGAGGUGAUAUCAAUGAUCAUCUACAAGCAUGUUACUUAGGUCAGCUUAGAGGAACGGUACAAGAAUAUGAGCUUACCGUUAACAGGUCAGGGUUGCCACACGACCUUUCCCCUGAUGAACUUGAAGAACUUUGGAUUUGCGAAAAGCAUAGAGGAAACAUGGGUAAAAACUGGCGACCACGUCGCACUUGCCAGUACCUGCUGCACAGCGGCCGGAAAAAGCAGCUAAAUACUAGAAAUGCAGUUCAUCUUGACAUGUCAAGGGAAAUUACCACUAUCUUUGCAGAACUCGUUAUGAUUUUUAUGUAAAUUAUAGGUUAUCAACCAGGUAUUGUCCUGAAAUGUGGGGCAGGGUUUAAAUAUAGAUGAUAUCUACACAUAUAUUGAGGUGCGGUAAAUGACAGAAUUCAGUAUUUUGAAAUUUGAUUAACAUUUGGGCCAAAGCUCGCACACGAGUGGGUAUAAAACAAAACAACUGCUGUGAUUUCGUCCCAAGAUACGUAGCGUGAUACCACAUGGAGGCCAUGUGGCAGCUAGUGCAACUUAAUAAGUUAAAUCACACUUCGACUUGUAACAUUGCUCUAAAGCAAACUUGAAAUCUACAACCUAAGUUUCCAACGCCACAAAAUUGUAACGUUAGUCAAUUAUGUAUAUAAUCGAGAAACACAGCAACUGCACUGAAAAAUGCGUAAUACAUUGGGUUUUACUGCCCUACCUUAUCUCUAACGUCUACAUGUUUAGAAAAGCAUUUUUUUAUGUCACACACGCAAGGCGAGAUACUAGAUAAAUAAACUUGGAAAGUAACUUGACACCAAUGUUUACGCCGAUGCAAGAUAACAUUCCUUCUGUUUUUUUAGACAUUUAUACAUUUACACAGAGCCCUUUUGUGUUAUCGAUGUAAAAACAAGCAGGCAUCGAUUUUCGCCCUUUUAUCCCUAAAUAGAGUCAGAGUUUAACAACCUUUGCAACACCCCCUAUCCGAAAUUUAAGAGAAUACCCGGGGUCACGUGAUCAUAGUGCGACAAUUUUUAUUUGUUAUCUAUAAGUAUUGCUCUGCAUAUUAUCAUUUUGCAUUAUUGUUGUAUUUCGUGCUUUUCAGUAAUCUGCGUAUCUUGUUACAAGCUGCACAAGAUCAAACUCGCGGAGGAUAUGACGUUGUUGCUAGGGCAACGUCCCGAUAAAAUUAACCAGCAAGAGGACGAACCUUAUAGGUGAUAUAACGCUACCUGAUCCUAUAAAUAAAGCAGACCAUCAUAUGCAUUGACACCUAAAGAACUUUUAUGGACAAAUGUUUAAUUGAAAUGUUGCAUGCAAGCAAAAUUGUUGUCCUCGGCGUGGCCACACACUAUAACAUUUUGCGCAACAUGGCUGAUUUUGCGCAACAUGGCUGAUGCAGCAAGCAAGUUAUGUUUACAGAUACGUGGCCAAAAUGGGCAACAUUUUCGAAAAAAGUGACAAAUAGUGUUUUGGCUUUAAAUUGGAUGACCUAAAAAGAGAAAAUAGUUGAUUAAUGAACCAUACAAUUGCACGCGGUGGUGCUGAUAGUGAACUGAAGGGAAUUUUUUGCGCGUAUUGCUGACGAAGAACUCAUUCUCAAGUUUCUGUAGCUGCGCCUUUCAGAGAAGCAAAGUGACCGGUACGGAGAAAGAGGGUUAAGUUGGCACAUUAGCAGCGUUGUGUCUCGAAGCCAGUCUAACACGACGGAAGUCAUCUCGGACGCUCACCUCUUUGAUUAGUGUACUCAGAACUGGUAUGCAGUUACGUCAAUUCUCGAAGGUCUUCUAAAGCAGCUGAAAGUCAAGAAUCCUUUGCUACAGAAAGUCCAUCUGAGGUUAGAUGAAGCCGGUUGCUAUCACAACAGCUCCCUAGUAACCGUUGUGAGAGAUGUCGCAAAAGGAGUUGGGGUUGAAGUUCAUAGUUAUCACUACUCGGAGCCGCAGUCUGGUAAAGACAUUUGCGAUCGUAUCCUGUGUCCAAUGAAGUCCUCUAUUCGUGCUUGCUGCAACGAAGGGCACGAUGUUCUAACUGUCGUGGACAUGAGAGAUGCAUUGACGCAACACCCAGUGAAGGGAACAACAGCUGCAGUGAGCAUAGUCGACGAAUCAAAGCACACUCUCCGUAUAAAUAAGAUUGAGCAUUUUAGUUUAGAAGCCGGGCUGCAAAGCGGGUAAGCUGUAUUUAUGACGAAAUCUACUCCAGUGGUUCGAUUUUGGUGUAGGCGAAAAACUCGCGAAUGCUCGUACAUGUGCUGAUUCAAACGGUCAUAACUUUUGAAAAUCGAAAACGUACAGGGGUUUUUGCAUGUUUUUGACUAAAAAGGUCUAAACUCAACGGUUGUAUAGGAUAGAGUCGUCAAGCAGGUCCCAAAUCCCAAAACUUAACGUCUAAAUCAAGGUUAUUUACGGUCAUUGGCCGAUGGCGAUUUCUAGUGGUCAGGAUAUGCUAAAAUUCGCCUUUUCAGAUAUAGUUAGAGGGCAAAUUCUAACUUUCUUGGCAAACUAGAAAGGUUUUUAAGCAAUCUGAUAUAAAUUCUGGGGCUUAACUAUGCGAAUCAAAUAUUUUAUAAUGUUACAAAAUAUGCCUAUUUUUCAAUUUUCGAGACGUUGCGACGGUCCUUACGGACUGGGAAAUAAUUAUGGCCCCUUAUGCAGUCAGAAAAUGAUUUCGAAUCAAACCAAAUCUAAUUUUGUUCUUUCCUAGGUAAAGUCUUUCUGUUGACAGAGUUUCAGGGAGAAUUAUUUUUGACGCAAAAUUAAUCGGGUGGAAGAAAGAGAGACCGCCUCUUAAGUUACCAGAUGUGUUUAUGCUAAUUAUGUGUUUAUGCUAAUUUACAUGAAAUGUGACACAAAAGUCCUUUUUAGGCUUUACUUAAGUUCUCAAAACGAUUCUGAUGUUCACAAGUCAGUUUCGGCCUUCGAAUAAUUCAUGCGAGCCCAUUUAUUUCUGAAAGACAGUGCGGGGAUGCCCACGAUCUGAAUCACUUAUUAUGCCGCUGUGGAAGAAAAACUAAUGGAAAACUCAAGUUUAUGGCACCUGAAAACGACUCUGAUGUUUGCAAGUCAGUUUCGGCCUUCGGAUAAUUCAUGUGAGCCAGUUUUCUUCUGAAACUUACCAAUAUUGGCUGUUAAAGUUACUCCCCCCCUCCCCCCCUCCAAUGAGAGCAGGUUCGUCUCUUUAUGCACAAGAGACCUAUAACGAUCGUUAAGUCUAAAUAAAAUUACAUAUAGGUUUCGGGUUUGAACUUGUCAAUUCUAUUAACAACUACAAAACUGUUUUCCUGAAAUUGAUUUAUCAAAAGUAGAUUUGUAACACGUAACGCCCUUGGCCCCAGUUGUUCAAGAGGCGGAUAACGCUAUCCACCGGAUAUAUCGCUAUUCAGCGGAUAAAUGCCAACAAAACGUACUUCGCUAUCCAACGGAUAGAGGUUUAUGGAGCGGAUGGCUUUAUCCACCAUUUGAACAACCAGAGGAAUAAAGGAUAUUUUUAAGUCAUUUAGCUGGUUCCCAGUCGCUCACGACACCGCAGCCGUUGGUGGGUAACCUCGGUGUUUUUGUUUUAAUUGUGAUUGAUUUCCAUCUUUUACCGGUCCGAAAGGAUUGCCCACUUGAUUGGAUUGUUUUUGGACGCUCGUGUUAUCUCCUUUUCUAAAACUCUACCCCGAAUUGGAGCGAUGCAAAUAGUAUCUGUCAAACUCAUGGGGUACAUCUACCAAUUCUUCAUAUCUACAGGAUAUUUGUUCAGUUGUCUGUGAUUAAAUAUAACGUAAAAAGCCUUUAUACGGGCCCAGGUAGUCCAUGGGGCCGGUACUUAACUCCGGUUUUCUUAGCAUGAAGCGGCUGAGAGUAUUGCUACUCCCCCCUGGAUGGGAUGCUAGUCCAUCGCAGGGUUACCCCCGGCACAUUUGCUGGUACCCAUUUGUACACCUGGGUGAAGAGAAGCACUGUGAGAGUAAAGUGUCUUGCCUAAGAACACAACACAAUGACCCCGGCCAGGGCUCGAACCAGGACCACCCGAUCCGGAGUCGGGCGCACUAACUAUGAGGCCACCGCGCCUCCACAUGUGAUUAAAUAUACCCAAGUUUAAAGCCGAGUGUUGUUUGAAUAUCGACCAUACUGCAUUACUCAAAUAUUUUAACCUCAGUGUUCAAACGGCUGAAAGCAGGUAGUAAAAAAUGUAUUUUUUUCUGUUUGCAGCCAGCCAACCAAACGGGAGAGAUCGUAGUGCAUGGAUUGGACUGAACAGAAAAAUAAACGAUAAGUUUUACUGGAUGGACGGUACUCCAUUGGCGGGCCGGAUCUCAGCAUGGGCGAAAGGAGAACCAAACUACCUUCACGAAAAAUGUGUUUUUAUAUUCACAAAAAAGUGGUACGACUUACCCUGUACUUUUGGUGGUUCACCUUCGUUUCCAGUCACAGUGGUUCUAUGCCAAAAAAGUAUUUUCUGA